UUCAGGUGCGUCGCCAGAGGCCGAUCUGAUCUGAUAUGAUCUCUGCGGCCGCUGGGGCACUGUCCGAGCUCCCCACUGCCUUGGAGGACCGACCCCACACCCGACACAAACUUGGACCAAGUCUUCCGUAGUUCCCCAGCGUGCUCCGAGUCCAUGCUUUAACGCAUUCUCGGUGAGCUCUUCUCUAGAUCCGAGUUUGAUCUGAUCAUCUCAGAGACUCUGCGGCUAGUUAAGUAGCUAGCCUAGCCGCGUCUCACAAAUCACAAGCGAGGAGUCGUCGAGUUGAGUAAUGGACACAAGUUUGAUGAGGCGGCUAGAAGAAACGGAACUUAAGAGACGGGCGAGAGUUCAACUUGAGGUUUAGGGCUUAAAGGGUCCGGCAGGGACUUUUCUCACUUCCGGUUUGAAGCUGCAUUCCUGUAGUGUUUUGGAGUAGCAGUGAUCUUUCAAAGUGUGGGAAGCUACCAGUCCCUGCAUGCAUCGGUUAGACUGGCGAAAUGGGAUUGUUGUGACUGAGAUGCCAUCUGUUUAUCUAAGAAAUCAAGAUUUGGAGACGAAGCAACUUGGAUCUCAAACAAGCUGCCCUGUUUUCCGGAUGAUUUGGUUCCUGAUGCACUCAUAGCCCAGCGUUAUGAGAGCCACCAGCGAUUAAAGAACCGUUUACUUUGUAAUCUGAGUCAUUUGAUACUUAACCACAACAAUGUGGUAAUGUGUUUGCACUUGAGGGUGAGGCGGCAGAGGAAACUUCACGUAGAUUUCAACUGUGGCUCUCUGAUGUGGGCUAAAGCAAUGGAAAUGUAACUGGAAAUUGAAAGAGGGUUUAAAGAUGAACUAACAAUAUUGUUACAAACGAGUUACAGACAGUGCGAAAUCACUGAUUCAGGAAUUGGAAUACACUGAAAUCACACUGAUGCAUCAUUUUGCACUUGAGAUUUGAGGAAAACUGGAAAGACGAUCGCAUGAUGCCCGCAGGAUUUCACCCAGAACCCUCCGCACUAAACAUCCUGGUACUUUAAGACACAGGAAAAACGUGACUGAGGACUUGAACGCUGUUGUUUCAUGAGGACACAUUUUGAACAGUAGAAUGGCGGGAAAAGACUACCAUCAUCUCUUCAAGUUGCUCAUCAUCGGUGACUCCAAUGUAGGGAAAAGCAGUUUGCUCCUACGAUUCGCAGACAACUCGUUCUCUGGCAGUUACAUAACUACUAUUGGAGUUGACUUCAAGAUCCGCACGGUAGAGAUCGAUGGAGAAAGAGUUAAACUCCAGAUCUGGGACACUGCAGGGCAGGAGAGGUUCAGGACCAUCACCUCGACGUAUUACAGAAACACUCAUGGAGUCAUCAUUGUGUACGACGUCACAAAUCCUGAAUCGUUUGUCAACGUGAAAAGAUGGUUAAACGAGAUCUCACAGAACUGUGACAACGUCUGCAAAGUUUUAGUUGGAAACAAGAAUGAUGAUCCCUCUAAAAAGCUUGUGGACACUCAAGAUGCUCAGCGCUUUGGAGAGUCGGUGGGUGUGCGGUUCUUUGAGACGAGUGCUAAAGAGAAUAUCAAUGUAGAAGAGAUGUUCAUGGCUUUCACCCACAUGGUCCUUCGGGCAAAGAAACAGAGCCAAAAUCGAGCAGAAAGAGAGAGGGGGAGAGAAAAGGACACCGUCCAUAUAAAUUCCCACAGAGACAGAGAAAGGAGGAAGAAAGGGAAGAAAUGCUGUUAGAGCAGAAGUGCUAAAACAGACGGAAAGAGGGACAAAUCAAACACUUUUGCUACUCUGAUCCUUUGGGUCACGUUUUCAGCUGUGAAAUGUGACUUUUUUUUUAUGUUAACACUGCUUAGAUAAAACCAAGAGGAAUAAAAAAUAACUUGCUAUUAUGUGCCGAACAUCAGUGUUUGUUUACACAGAUGUUUAUCAAUGUAAUGUUUAGGUUUUUUUACAGAAGGGGAAUUGACUGGCAUGGAUUUACACUGGCAUCAGAGGCCUGGUCCAGGAAAGACACUAUAUACAAACGGUCUCAUGUGUUCCACUGUGAUUAGUGAGAGAUGUUAAUGGUUGGAUUAAAACUGACUCGAUAUAUGUCAUUAAUGUAUGCAAAUAAUAAAUUAGCAAUAAAAUAUGAUUUAAAAAAUCA